CACACACACACACACACGCACACGCACACUUAUGUCUUAUAAUUAAAAUUAUAUGAAGUGUUUAAGUGUCUUUGAGAUAUGAUUCAUCACAAGUGUACGAGUCGCCGCCGCGUGUAUAGUGUCGCAUUAUGUUACAGCGGCGGCGGAUUCAACUAUGUUGUACCUAAACUAUUAAUCGCACAUUAAUAUUUUGUGCGUUCGGAAUAUCUCUGUGUAAAAAUGAUAACGGCUUCAAAGUAUUUCGCUAGCUGCGGCGAGGUUAUGCUGUUAGCCAUAUUUAUUUUGAAAUUUGGCAUUGCGUUACAAAGCGAAUCAGCCCACGCCGUUGAUAAUUUGGUCAAACACCAAGAUUCGACGUUCAAACAAGUACAUUUCUUUAACGACAAAUAUAAGAUCUACAACAUGUCAAAUCACGUAUUUUAUUGGCUCUACACUAGAGAACAGUCCAAAGCUCAACUUUUAAACCGAAAGGAUCCAAACAUGAUAAAAUCGACAAACUUUAAUGCCGAAAUUCCAACAAAAGUUCUCGUGCACGAUUGGUUUGGGAGUUUUUACGAAAAGGAAUGCUUUUGCGCACACAUAGCGAAAGCUUACUUACUCGCGGGCGCGUGCAACGUGUUUUGCGUAGAUUACAAGCAGUUCUCUUAUGAUAUAAUGUAUGCAUCGACAAAAAUCAAUGCUAAAUACAUAGGUGAUGAUAUAGCUAAUGUUUUGAAAAUGUUAACGGACAACAUGAGUGUAGGAUCCGAAAAUAUCCACUUGAUCGGUCACGGUUUGGGAGCUCAUAUCGUCGGACACACUGGGAACGAGUUAAACGGCGAAAUUUCUCGGAUAACUGGAUUAGAUCCUGCUAAGCAUUUAUACGAAAAUACUGAUCCGAAAUACACGAUCGAUAAAAACGACGCGACCUUUGUAGACAUUAUACAUACAAACGGAAAUGGUUUCGGGUUGAUUAAGCCACUAGGUCAUAUUGAUUUUUAUCCAAACGGAGGAAGAUCACAACCGAACUGCAAAGUAUUAGAUAGAGUUUCCGGUGGUGCGUGCAGUCACGCCAAAGCUUACGAUUAUUUCGCUCACUCCAUUUUGGCUAGAAACGGAUCCAAAGCACUCCAAUGUGCGCAAUGGAGCGACUACGAAUUGGGAGAAUGUGGCGAAUCCGCCAAAAGUACAUACAUGGGCGAACACGUGGACAAAAAACAAACAGGAAGUUAUUAUUUAUGGAUCUGACUGAACUGCGUACCAUAUCAUAAUAACUAUUAGGCGGACGAAUUUGCUCAGACGCGUUUAUAUAGGUAAUAUACCUAUACAGGAAGCACUGAAACUGAAAUAUCGAUUACAAUAACAUUUGUGAACCCAUCAAUUGAUGAAUUAUUUGAAUAUAUACAUGUUCACCAGGUGUUGACGAAUAAUGUACUAUACAUGUUAUUGUUUUUUUAUCUGUUUAAAUUUUAAAGUGUAUAAUAUUAUAUAAUAUAUAAAAUAUAAGUUAUUGCAGUCAAGUUUACACUCUUAUUCCACGGAUCCAUCUGACUUAUUUGGUUUUGACUGGAGCUCAUCUGCACCUACACCUCGCACGAAUUUCAAAUUUUCUUAUUUUUAAUCUGUUAAUUUGUUUAAACUAGUUACUGCAAAAUGUUCACUAUCCGUCCUUAUUAUUUGUAAUGCUUAAUGAUAAUAUUGUAGAUAGUAUAGAAUUUGAAACUGUAUGUAUUUUUAUUUUUAAACAUUUUAAAUCUGAUGCAUUUAAUGACCGAAAUAAAUGCAAGACAAUAACGGUUGUUAAAUACUCAACAUUUUUUUUUUUUUAUUGAACUUAAGUCCGGCGACUAAGGCCAUUAGCUGUUG